AUGAAAACUUGCAAGAAAAGUGGUACGAUUGAUAGGAAAACUAUCGAAAAGAAUAGAAGAAUCCAGAUGAAAGCUCUUUGCUUCAAACUUGUCUCUCUUGUCACUCCUAAUAGUAGUACUGUUGUUCCCCAAAAACAUUCUUCUAAUAAGGAUGUAUGUAAGACGCAGAUAGAUCAAUUUGACAAUGCAGCUGCUUAUAUACAAGAAUUGAGAAAGAGAAUAAAUGAACUGAAGACAAAGAAACAGGGUAUGAUUCACGGUGGUGAACAAGAAAUUAUCAGCAACAACAGUAGUACUAGUAGUUCAUCAUCCUCAAGUACUUCUACCAUGACUGCUACAAAUUUAUCAGGAGCGAAUUUGCCUAUACUUGAAGUUAAAGACUUCGAAGAUGCUAUGGUAGUGGUAGUUGUAACUGGUUUGAACAAAGACUUCAUGCUUUAUGAACUAAUUACCAUCCUUGAAGAACAUGGAGCUGAAGUUGUCAGUGCUAGUUUCGCUACUGUUAAUGAUAAGAUUUACCACACAAUUCACUCUCAGGUAAGAUGUUCUAGACUUGGGGUUGAGACUACAAAGAUACGUGAUAGAUUGAAGGAAUUAGUUUAUGCUUAA